AUGGGUGGACACCUUCCAUGGCCAUUAUGGAAAACUCUUAAUAGAUUGAAAGCCGGGGUGGCGAGGACGAAAGCUAACAUGGUAAAAUGGAAAUUUAAUGGAGAAGAUGACUCAUGCGACUGUGGAGAACGACAGACCGAUGAACACCUCCUGUCAUGUACCAUGAGUACAGCACAAUGCACCAGGGAAGAUCUGAUUCUGACAAACACAAAUGCAAUAGAGGUGGCCGCUUAUUGGUCGCAACACAACAUAUAG